UGUUUUUAAAUAAAGUGUACUCGACUUGUUAGAUCUAAUUUGCUAUUGACUGUGAAAGUGUAUCAUUCUAAUUUUGUACAAUUUUUGUAUUCUUUUUGAAAUAAUAUAACUAACUCGUUAUAAUGAUGAAAGUUAUUGCAAGGGCUUUAUUUAUUACAUGCAUUUGUUUGUUUUUAACUGAAGAGGUAUCAUCUAUUGGUAUAUCAAUUGUUGGUGAUAUUCGUAUCCAACCAAUGAAUAAUGGCUCAAUCUAUUGUGAUUCAUUAAUUUGUCCAUCAACGACAGUUCUUUGCCGUGUUACAAAACGAAAUGAUCCAAAUGACCUAAACACCAUUAUUAGACAACGUACAUGUUCAGAUAAAAAUGGAGAUGUUAUUGAACAACAAAACUUAAAUGAACCAAAUAAGAAUCAAGGAAUAGUUAAUGUUAAUGUUUCAUCUGGUGGAAUAUAUAAUUCGCGUCCUAUGACUCCCGAAGAAAAAAAGGAACUUGAGGAAUAUCUAAAAAAGACUAAACAACAAGUUGCUGAUACUAUAAAAAAUAUGCAAACAUCAUUGAGACCUCUGCUCGAUGGAAGUUUUGCAUCUAAUUUGAAGAAUCAAAUAAAUAAUAGUUUAAGAAAUCCUGUUUUGGAUUUUUUGUAAACUAAUGUUGAUAAAUUAAAUGAACUUAUUGUGUAUAAUGAACGAAAUAAUUUUGUAAAUUUUUGUUAAUAAAUAAAAUAUUGCAUUAAAAAAUUAUAAGUACCUAAUUACUGAAGGAAUAUUUCAAAAAAAAGUUAAUUCAA